CUAAUAGGGUCGUUCGGUACACUUGAAAACAGAUUGUUCGUGACAAGAAAAAAAGUAUACAAAAAUCGCAAGUCCACGACCAAAAAUAGUCUAAAUACUGGCUGCUAACUCGAAUCGAAUCAAAAAAAACCUCGAUCCUUCUACGGAUCUUCAAACUACAAACAAGCGAAUAGAUCCUACGGAAGAAACUACAUCAGACAAGCGAAUAUCAGCUGGAUCUCCAGCAUCUUCUGCAAAAAUGGGUGAACUCUCCGAAGAGCAGUACAAGGUGUGCUGCGACGCAUUCUCAGCCUUUGCUGGUAGUGGGUCAUUGCUCACUCCCUUCGAACUGAAUGCUGCUAUGCGGAGUCUCGGACAUGCGCCAACGACCGAAGAUUUCAACAAAAUAUGCGAAGAACAUGAUCUAUAUGCCAAAGGAGGGGUACUCUGCUUUGGCUGGUUUCAAAUAGACUGUGUCACUUUUAUGAACGGAACAGAUCGUUGUGGUUUUCAAGUGCAAAAAUGAUUGUACUCAACAUCCUGUGAGUGAAGACUCUCAUCUUGUUUCGUCAAGCAGCACUGGAAUAUGUUUUUGAAUUUGCAUAUUGAAGGUCGUCUAAAGAUGAAGUCACUCUGAAAAGUAUCCUCGGAAGAGUCACCUCUGUGGUCUAUGGUGAGCCCCAGCUUUGAACCAUCCCUCUGCCUCACCAGCUGCACCUCCAUUCACAACUAUCACAAAAUGAAUCUUCCCUUACCCCAAAUCCAAAAUAGUAUAAUUUUGAAAAUACAACUACCAGGUUUCCCUCCAAGGAUUUCUCUACAUAAUAGCACAAAGAGAGGCCGGCGCAGGUCUUAGAGCGGGGUUAUUGGAGGCAUUUGCUAGAUUCGAUAGGGAUCAAAACGGCUUCGUGGAUGCGGAAGAGAUAAAAGAAGCGAUGAUGGUGAUAGGUACAACCCUUGUUCUUAGUUAGUUGUAAUCUACAGUACUGUUCUUUUGUUCUUACAGAUAGUACUUCUACUGUAGUUGAUGAACUACAGAAGUAGUGCGUUGUAAUCUUAAGAUCUACUUGAUACAUCAAGUUCAAGCGCAUGUGAUGAGGAACCAAAACCAUCUUCUUCCUCACCCCCUCCACAGGUGAAGAACCUUUCACAGAAGAGGAAUGGGCUUUACUACUCCAGGAAUACGAGAUGCCCGAAACGAAUCAGAUAGACUACUACCAACUAGUGGAAAUUAUGACGCGGAAGGAGCCGCCGCCAUAGAGAGGAGGAUGGAGAAAUGAACGAAAAUCCACCCCUUUGCAUCCUAAUUAGGUUUUGAGACAAUACCUCGUGCUAGCUAAAUGAAUGAAUGAAUGAAGUGCUAAAAAAGUAAGAAGGUUAAUAUUACUUUCUUGACGACAUCAUAGUACUGGAAAAAUACGGAUAUCGCGGUUGAUAAUUGUGGUAGAGACCACACCGAUACCGCUUUUGUGGACGAUAAUAUUCAAUGGCAGUACAUUAAGUUGAUAUCUUCGUCGUUCUGUUUUUUUUGCCGACAGCUACCAACCUCC